AUGGGACGGCACGCGGGCACCGGCGGCGGCGGCGGCGUCCAGCAGAAGCUGCGCAAGGGGCUGUGGUCUCCCGAGGAGGACGAGAAGCUCUACAACCACAUCAUCCGCUACGGCGUCGGGUGCUGGAGCUCCGUGCCCAAGCUCGCCGGUCUGCAGAGGUGCGGCAAGAGCUGCCGGCUGCGGUGGAUCAACUACCUGCGCCCCGACCUGAAGCGGGGAAGCUUCUCGCAGCAGGAGGAGGACGCCAUCGUCGGCCUGCAUGAGAUCCUGGGGAACAGCAGGUGGUCGCAGAUAGCGUCUCACUUGCCGGGCCGGACGGACAACGAGAUCAAGAACUUUUGGAACAGCUGCCUCAAGAAGAAGCUGCGGCAGCGCGGCAUCGACCCCAGCACCCACAAGCCCAUCUCCGGCGUGGCGGGGGUGGAACCGGACCAGGCGUCGAAAGACGAGAGGCCGCAGGGAGCCGACGGUAUAGCCCUGAAGCAGCAGCAGCAGCAGGUGUUCGACCCUUUCCCGGUGGCCGACACCUUCGGCGCCGGCUUCGACGGGGCGGGCAUGCCGCUGUACGACCACCUCGGCGGCAAGGACGCGGCCGGGUUCGUGGACUACAGCAGCGUGCUGGACGUGUCGGAGAACCUGGGCUACGGCGAGAGCUCCAGCAACAGCAGCAACUGGAACAGCGCGCCGGAGGCGAGCAAUGCGCUGGAGGGCGAGGCGCUGCAUUGGGCCUCCGAGAGCAAGGUGGAGCCUUUCGCCGCCUACGCCGGCGACGAGGACGGCAAGUUCGCGCUGCCCUGCCACGGCCAGCAAGAGCACAGCAUGGCGCAUUUUGACUUCAACCUCGAGUACUUCUGA